GUCGGGCCGGCUGCCGCACUGAUCGGGGAGGAGGAGGCGGCGGCAGCAGUUGCCCGGGGGGGACAUAGACGAGGAGAGAGGGGGACACGGGAGAGGACAGGACCCCCCAUCCGUGGACACCACCUGCACUGGACAAAGGAGGAAGAUCUGGAGGACUUAUUUCCCACACACAGGACUUCCACUUGGUGCUUUUUUUUGUUUUUUUCCUAAGGACGUUCAGCAAUUUGUCGUCUUUUGGAUUUUAAUUCUUGUGGAUUUUCCCCGUGUUCUCCCGAGGACUCCUCUGUGUCACCCUCCCUAAAUUGUGGAUUUACUCUUCCCAAUGAUGUUGUCCAAUGGUACAAUUCUCAACACCAGCAACUCUGACCCGGACACAGACGCUCUCCAGACACACAAGGGAGAAGAUGAUGCCAAGGAGCAGAAAAGCAAAGAAGACAGGCAGGAUGUUGGGGGGUCCGUCAAGAAAGUGGGUCGUCCAGGCAGGAGGCGCAAACAGGAAAUGGUGGAAAGCGUCAGUGCAUCCAAAGACAAUGCCUCAGUCCCUAAGUGCCACACGUCUCCGAAAACCAGCCACCCGGAUCCGGUGCCCAACGGAGAGAUGGAGGCGCCAAGUGUCCACCUAAAGCCCGAGAUUCCAUCACCAGAGAAGGCGAAUUCUGAGCCCAGCCCAAAAGACAAGAAGAUCAACCAUGAAGAGGAGGAGGAGAAAGGGACGGAGGCGGAGUCCAUGCUGGAGAAUGGUCGCUGCUCACUGAGUGAUGAGCCGGACUCUCAGGACGGGGAGGAGUGCUCAGCCAAUAAGAAGCGAGGAAGGCGGAGCCACGAAGACAGCAUUGAAAAUGAUAAAGAAGAAAAAGAAGACGAGGACCAAGAUUCUCCCAAAUCGGAGGGUUACCGCCGCCGGCUGCGUGGAGGGCUGGGCUGGGAGUCUGGUCUGCGUCAGAGGCCUUCGCCAAGGCUGCCAUUCCAGGCUGGGGACCCAUAUUACAUCAGCAAGAGGAAGAGAGAUGAGUGGCUGGCCCGCUGGAAGAAAGAGGCUGAAAAAAAGCAGCAGCUGGUCGCUGUGAUAAACGCCAUGGAGGAGACGGUGUCCAGCAACCCCCAGAAAGAGGAGGAGAGCACACCGCCGUCCUCCCAGCAGCCCACUGACCCCGCAUCUCCAACCGUGGCCACCACCCCUGAGCCUGUGGUGGCCGAUACCGUAGAGAAGAGCACCUCCAAGUCAGCGGAUGACGAGGCGGAGUAUGAGGAUGGGCGAGGCUUCGGCAUUGGGGAGCUGGUGUGGGGGAAGCUGCGGGGCUUCUCCUGGUGGCCGGGACGAAUUGUGUCAUGGUGGAUGACAGGACGGAGCCGGGCGGCCGAGGGGACACGCUGGGUCAUGUGGUUUGGAGAUGGCAAAUUUUCAGUGGUCUGUGUAGAGAAGCUGAUGCCUCUUAGCUCCUUUGCAAACGCCUUUCACCAGGCAACAUAUAGCAAACAGCCCAUGUACAGGAAAGCCAUCUAUGAAGUCCUGCAGGUGGCCAGCACCAGAGCCCGGAAAGUUUUCCCAUCAUGCCCUGAGAAUGAUGAGAGCGACACCUCCAAAUCUAUAGACCUGCAGAACAAGCAGAUGAUAGAGUGGGCACUGGGCGGCUUCCAGCCAUCAGGACCCAAAGGACUGGAGCCCCCAGAAGAGGAGCGUAACCCAUAUAAAGAGGUCUAUACAGAAAUUUGGGUAGAACCUGAAGCUGACACAUAUACCCCUCCACCUCCUGCAAAGAAACCCCGAAAAAGCACAGAGAAACCGAAGGUCAAAGAAAUCAUUGAUGAGCGAACUCGAGAAAGGUUGGUCUAUGAAGUGCGUCAGAAGUGUCGCCACAUCGAGGACAUCUGCAUAUCUUGUGGCAGCCUGAACGUCUCUCUGGAGCACCCCUUAUUUAUGGGGGGAAUGUGCCAAAGCUGCAAGAACUGCUUUCUAGAGUGCGCCUACCAGUAUGAUGACGACGGCUACCAGUCCUACUGUACCAUCUGCUGCGGGGGGCGCGAGGUGCUCAUGUGCGGCAACAACAACUGUUGCAGGUGUUUCUGUGUUGAGUGCGUUGACUUGUUGGUGGGACCAGGUGCGGCUCAGGCAGCUAUUAAAGAAGACCCCUGGAACUGCUACAUGUGCGGACACAAGGGAAUUUACGGGUUACUCCGGAGGCGAGACGACUGGCCCACGCGUUUACAGCUCUUCUUCGCCAAUAACCAUGACCAAGAAUUUGACCCACCAAAGCUUUAUCCGCCUAUUGCAGCCGAGAAGCGGAAGCCUAUCCGAGUACUGUCUUUAUUUGAUGGCAUUGCUACAGGUCUAUUGGUGCUAAAGGAUCUGGGGAUCCAGGUGGACCGGUACAUUGCCUCCGAGGUGUGUGAAGACUCCAUCACUGUGGGAAUGGUGCGGCAUCAGGGCAAGAUCAUGUAUGUGGGAGACGUGAGGAACAUCACCCGCAAACACAUUCAUGAAUGGGGCCCAUUUGACCUGGUGAUCGGCGGGAGUCCAUGUAAUGAUCUUUCCAUUGUGAAUCCAGCACGGAAAGGUCUGUUCGAGGGCACAGGACGCCUGUUUUUCGAGUUUUACCGUCUGCUCCAUGAAGCCCGACCGAAGGAAGGAGACGAGCGGCCGUUCUUCUGGCUGUUUGAGAACGUGGUGGCCAUGGGCAUCAGCGAUAAAAGGGACAUAUCCCGCUUCCUGGAGUCAAACCCGGUGAUGAUCGAUGCCAGGGAUGUGUCGGCAGCGCACAGGGCCCGCUACUUCUGGGGUAACCUCCCGGGUAUGAACAGGCCUCUGGCCUCAACAGUGAAUGACAGGCUGGACUUACAGGACUGUCUGGAGCAUGGCAGGAUAGCAAAGUUCAGCAAAGUCCGAACCAUCACCACUAGGUCCAACUCCAUCAAGCAGGGGAAGGACCAGCAUUUUCCAGUGUUCAUGAAUGAGAAGGAAGACAUUCUGUGGUGCACCGAGAUGGAACGGGUUUUCGGCUUCCCAGUCCACUACACAGAUGUCUCUAACAUGAGCCGUUUGGCCCGACAAAGGCUUCUGGGAAGGUCUUGGAGCGUUCCGGUCAUUCGUCACCUCUUUGCCCCUCUUAAGGAGUUUUUUGCCUGUGUUUAAGUAAAUGAGGCAAAGGGACCUGAGGCCGACCCCCAACCUUCCAGCUUCCCAAAAAAAAGAGCCUCUCUGCUCCUCUCUUAUUUAGCUCCACCAAGGAAAGAAGAAGAAUUUUAGACAAAUGCUCAAUAGAAGAAAAAAAAAAGCUGGUGGAAGAGAAACCAGUGGUGCUGAGGAGCGAGCAGGGGCACCCGAGAUCUGAGCAGACACUUCUACGUAACUUCUUGUUCCAUGUUACACUUUCUUCUUUAAUGUCUCAUUUAAUUUUUUUAAGUUUUUACUGUGAUGUUUUUUGUAGGGGGGAGGGAGGGGGGGGGAUCCUUUUAUCCUUCUCCGGUUUUUUAGUACAAUAACCGCCUGCAGAUCUCUGAAGACAUUUUCCCAGGGAAGAUAUCUUGAGAGGUUGAGCAGUCGAUUUCAGGUUUUUACAUUUUAGUCCAUUUUAGAGAUUGUAGAUUUUACCCCUCCCUAUCCCGGUGCUAAGAAUCGGGCUUUCCGGUUUUAGUUUUAUGGGUCUUUUAAAUGUUCAGCAGCCGCCGCCUGCCAUAGGGGGCCGGUGGGUAGAGGGGGGAGGGUAAGCUGGGCUUUAUUUUGUAAGGCUGCAAAUAAAAAAAGGUUAAGUCAGUAUGUACACUCAAUGCAAAUGGUCCGUGACUGACAAGUCGUGGAAUCACGGACAUAGCAGCACAAGGGAGGGGCUACUUGUGAUGUCACACGUAUGUUCCACGCCUCUCUUAGCACACACUGAAGCCCAUGUCUGCUGACCGGUGCUGUUCUGUUAACGCCUUCUGGGCCGACCACGCCCAGCGUACAUAACAUUGUCCAAAUAUCACCCGCAUCUGUCUGGGACGAAUCACCUUUUAAUGCAAUGACUGGGAAAAUAUUGAGGAUGAUCUAGAUGUAUCAGCAUUUCCACUCUUAUCGUGCAGGAUUAAUGUUACGUGUUACCAGGCGAAUGUUGCUGAAAAAUAACAAUACACCAUUUUAGAUGAUUUUUCAGUGUUUCAGGUGCCUCAAGCAAGAGGCCAGGAACAAAAAAGACAGCAGCUCUGACCUCUAUCACUGUUUACAGCUCUAAUACUGUAUGUGUAAUAAGAGACUCUACAAGUGUGUGCACAACCUCUAUAGGCUGCAUGAAAGGGAAACAUGGUGUCCGCUGCCCCCUCAGAGACGGGCCAGGACUCUCACAAUGGUGCUCAUAUAUCUUUCGUGUCUUGUCUUGUUCCUUCACAUGCUGUUUCCACGGCCAGAACAUGCAGAGCUUGUCACCUGUGGAUUAAAGGCCCCGAAAUAUAUAUGUUUAUAUAUAGAUGUAAGAUUUAUAUCCUAUAAUCCGAAUGCUACUAUAUAUAUUAUAGAGUGGUGUUAUUGUAUAUCGUUUGUUUUCUCCAUGAUUGGCUGUAGCGGUCCAUAUUGGAUCUAGUGACCAUUAUUUUCUGUAGGGCACAAAUUGUUGCUAGUGCUGGUAUCUUGGAGUCAUGAUGGUAUCAUUGUCUGUCAGUGAUUAAAGGGCGUGGUGAUUAUCAGUGAUUAGGCAGUGGCAAUAUCUUGUCAAUACUUGAGUAAUGGCAGUAACUGCCAGUGAUUAAGAAGAGGCGAUAUCUGUCAGUGUUUCGGCAAAGGCUGUAAGUGCCUGGACCUAGGCAGGGCUGGGGUAACUGCCAGGGAAUAAGCUGGGGUAGAGACUGUCAGUGAUUAAGCAGGGGCGGUGACUGUCAGUGAUUAAGCAGGGGUGGUGACUGUCAGUAAUUAAGCAGGGGCAGUGACUGUCAGUGAUUAAGCAGGGGCGGUGACUGUCAGUGAUUAAACGGGGUGGGUACUGCCCUUAAGCAGGGGAGGUCACUGUCUGUGAUUAAGCAGGGGAGGAAACUGUCAGUGAGGAGGAGUGUAUCCUGUAGCUUAGUAGCUCAUCCUCUUUAACACUUCAGUUCUGAGCAUGAUUAGAGCUGACAUUCCAAUUGAGCAGGGGCAGUGACUUUCCGUGAUUAAGCAGGGACAGUGACUUUUCAUGAUUAAGCAGGGGCGGUAUCUGUUCAGUUAUGUUUAUUUAUACUUUUGUAAGUUAACUUUUCUUGUGUGCACACACUUGUAGAGAUUAUAUAGAGUUCAUGGUACUACUUAUUACUACUGUAUACAACACUUGGUGCUUUCCACAACGGGAUGAUUAAAAACAUCGACUUCCAAUGGUGCCUUAUUGAGAGCUUGUCACUCUUGAGCCACAGGGGAAAUUUGGCGCUUCCUGGACAUAUCUGCGAUCACGGUGCUGUCUAUGUGAUCUGGUGCUUCUAUACUAGACAUGUGCCUAACAUACCAAUAUCUGACUGACCUCAUGACACAACAGAGGAGACAUCACCAGGUCUAUGUCUUAUAUUUUGUUUUUUAUUCCAAACCAUCUAUAGAAACCUGGCACCUCUCAUUCAGCUAUGCCAUGAGAUAUACCAAUCACAAUCUCUAUAAUACACGAUCCACACUCGCGAAGAGUGCCUUAUAUACCACUGUAUGGCCAAGUGUCUCUUCUGACUUUGUGUUUUAUCUCAUCAUUAGAUCUCAUAAUUGGACUUAACUAAUAUAUAUAUAUAUAUAGGUCAUUGAUUGGUGUGACCACCUCUGGUCGCAUCUACUGUACCCCUCUAUACAUUAGUAUAGCUUUGUAAAUCUCUUCAGAUAUGGUGCUUUCCAGUCAACUGGUGACAAAAAAGGUGAAACAACCCUUAGGUUGGUCCAAACCAUUCGAGGUAGCAAGCACCAAUGGUCUUCUUCCAUGUGCGGACAGGUGUCAGUGGUGCCUUAUUGCCAACAUUCUUGCAACAUUCUAAACUGGCAUCAGCUGUAAUGUUUCCUCAAAGUCGGGGGAAUAUAAACAUUUCUGGUGAGCGGUCCAAGCCAACACCAUGGCUACACAGAUGCCAACCAUCCAGGCCUAGGUCCUCUGGCCUCUUUAUACUCUCAGAGCUAUGCAACAGUAGCGUAAGUUGUGUCAAAGGUUCCAGAUCACAGCGUUACAAACUGGAAAUCGGGAGGUGGUUUUGAUCUGUUUUUUUCCAAACCUACCACUUCCUGCCCUCCCAGGCCCUGUUUCAGUCAACUGAGAGAAAUCCAAAAGUAGGACCAACACUGGUGCUUUCUGUGAAGAUUUUACUGUAUUAUUGGGGGAAGCCUUCCCCCCCCCCAAUGAGUGCUAAAUCAUACGGAGCUUCCAACGGAGCAUCUCAGGCCAAGACCAGCCUCAUGCACCUCCAGCUGGAGAAAGAUGUUUUUAGUCAUCCCCCAACAUCUGACAAUGAUAAUACCUGCUUUUUAUACUCCUGUUUAUAGACAAGGUCUUCAAGGCCUACAUGCACUCGUAUGCCCCCAUCUCAGAGGGGUUGUAUAAUGAUUGCUAUGUUAUAUGAAUAUCAGUGAUACUGGGAUUUUAGAGUGCAGGGGAUGGUGGUACUGCUAUGGGCUCCACAACCGCCCCUCUGCUAUUUUAUAACAUGUGUAACCAGAUGGAACCUUCUCAUAGCUGAUGCUUUACAUUCAUCUUGUUUCUUCAUGUUGUUUGGGGUUUAAUUCCACCCUCAGUCCUAUCCUCCUUUAUAUAUGAUGUGAACAUUUUAAUUGUUUUUUUACUUUUUUGUGUCCAUGUACUUGAUGAAGGCAGGGCUGUGCUGUAAACUCUGGUUUCCUUUUCUUAUGUUCUUUUUGGCCUCCUGUUGUAUCACGUGUUUUUUUAUUUUCCAUUCGUUGAUCAAGCGACCAGAUCUGCAGUCUCCUAGCCGACCGUACAGUUAAGAUUUUUGCCACCCACCAACCAUGUGGUUCUGGUGGUAUUGGCAGCCAGAUGUUGGAGUUCUUGGCACAAUCGUAGCCAUGUCUUAGGCCUGAACUGCAGUGACGACCUCCUGCGCUGGACAAGACGCAUUACUCCAUUUUGUGUUCCUUAGGACUGCUGCCUUGUUUUACCUUGUUACCCAGAGUGCUGACAUAUUUUUUUUUUGCAGUCCUCCACUUUAUGAGAGAGAAAAAAAAAUUAUCGUUUUGGUUUUCUUCCAUAUUGUGCUACUGUGCAGGAAAUAUUAGCUCAAUAAAAUAGAGAAUAAUGGAAUUUCCCUGAAAUGUUCCAGAAAUGCUUAAUUGUGGGAGGGAAGCAGAUUUCCUCCGGACCUGACGAUACACAGCUUACCACAGUCUGUAGUCUAUGAAUACUACCCAGCAUACAGGCUGCUGUAAGUGACGUAGACCUGGACAGAAGUGGGUGGUUUUGUAGAGAACUGGAAUUUUAGGUCAACUAACAUUGGGCAAAUACUACUAAAGUAUAGAUGAACUUAAAGGGGUACUCCGACUUCUUAUCCUCUAUCCAAAGGACAGGGGAUAAGAUUUCUGAUCGUAGGGGUCCUGCUGCUGGGGCCCACCACGAUCUCCCGCAUUUCCUGUGGCAGUGGUCAUGACGCCACAGCCAUGUCCCCUCGUGCCAUCACACCAUGCCCCCUCUGUUCAUGUCUAUGGGAGGGGGUGUAUCGGCCGACAUGCUCCAUCCCAUAGACAAGAUUGGAGGGGGCGUGGUGUGACAGCACGAGGGGGUGUGGCGGUGACGUCACGAUCACCAGCUCUUAGCGUUGCUACAGCUCACAGUGCUUUGCACCAAUGUAGUUUCUUUUGGCCAUAUUUGAGCAUAGCGGUCAUCAGAAGAGGUAUAGCCAUUUCGCAUAUCAUGACAUCAGGAUGCUUGGGCUUUUGGCCUUGGUUAAUCAUGAUAGCUGUUGGUUAUCACCCAAUGUUCUUGGCAGGUCUUGGUGAACACACAAUAGAACAUAACACCCACAUGCCCUUGCUCAGUUCUCGUUUGGUCAUAUUUCAGCUUGCCAUAUAGAAAAAUUUAAACAAACAAGAAAACAUCCUGCAUGGUGCUCAAGAAAUAAAGUGACUGUGCGGCAGGGUAGGAGAAGGAUACGGUUACUUCACUUUUUGGAGGCCACCAUGAUGCUCUGAACCUGUUAUACUACAGUGCAGUGCUAGAGACCAUCAGGACUCCAAUAAGGUCAUCAGUGCUGGAAGGUUUUGGGUAAAAUUUACUGUCUUCUCCUAAAUGACCUAAGAUAAGAGGAGCCACUAGUAGUAGCCUACUAGUGCAAUAUUACAAACAGUUCCUGGGCAAAUUUAUAAAGGCGAUGACCAGAUUACUGUAGGCGACCUGGAAUCUUCUGAUAUGAGAACAGUCCCACAAUGGGAAUCCAUUCUCCUGUCAUAGCUCUACUACUACACCUGAUCAGAGAGGAUAGUACAUAGCCUAAUAAAAACGACCUUGGUUACCAAAAAGUUACCUAAUAAGAGACCAUGGAGGAGAAAAAGAACAAGGGGACGCUCCCUUAGUGUAGUAAACCAGUUGGUGUUUACCCUGCACCACACCAAAGUGAUAUACCGUCCUGGUAAGUAAGCGUACGGUUGGGUGUAACGUCAGUUACGGUUAACCAAAUGACGAAGAGGAUGGAAGCUACUGCACUCUGACCAGAAUCCUCUCCAGAAUGGAGCGGACAGACAAUAACGGAAGAACAGUCUAGGAGGUGAUGCUUGUGUAGUGGACAAGAAAGGACCAGGGCUCGCACAAGACAACUUAUUUUUUAUUUUCCACAAUAAGGACAAGGUGUUUUGGCACUGGCUCGUGCCUUCCUCAGGUCCACCAAUGUAUCCCCGAGGGGUUAAUCCAACUCGUUGGUUUACUGGUGCAGAUAUCCUGCUUAAUAAUACACCAGUGAAGGAUUAUACAGCAGGCAGCCUAGUGAAGAGUUGUGAUCGCCACUCUAUAUACCUCACAGGUCAGCUACUAGUGGUGCUCGCAGACUUUGUUCUGGUGGUGGUGGAUGAGUGGUAUUUCUACUUUUCAUCCUUCAAAACAUGGCAUUCCAAAACUGUGUGCAGACUUCAGCUGUGAGGAAAGGCCAUGCCCUGCCUAACUAAAGCUCUAUGGUCAUACUUCUGGUCAUAAAUAGUCAACUCACUGAAAAGCUCCAUCUCCAGGCUGAAAGGCACGCAUUGUUGGUGUUGAGACUUUUUUACCUGGGCAGUACAAUGGACUUCUCGUUAUGGACCCACACAACUUAAAAAGAAUAAUUGCCUCCACUACACCCAGAAAGCACCAGAUUUACUUCCAUGGUAACGAUCACUAUGGAUCUAGGUCCUAAUAGAUCUGUCCAAUGUAGCUGAACGUUCCUGUGCCUGUCCCUCUUUUUUACAGUUCUUUCCUUAUGUGUUUUCUGUAGACACCUAGAUGUCCCAUCAGCGUUAGGUCACUUGGGACAAUAUUUCCACAAUUUAGGAGAAAAGGCUUCAAAUGGUGUUUUUUAUGGUGACUACAUGAAUCUAAAUGCUGUCUAUAUCAAUUAAUCGUCAGCCCAAUUGUAGAGAAAAGGAAAGUCCAUCAAUAGUCACCAAUAAAACACCCAUCUAAAGACAAUCCUCUUCCUUCUGUGCCGAUCCAACCCCUGGAGGUCAUCAUCUUUAUGAAGCAUAAGGAGAAGUCUGCGGUGUCACCUUUUGUGUGUUCACCAAAUCUGUGUAGACCAUGCCUGGAUCGUCAAGUCUUCUGUAUAGGCAUCUGGUUAGAAGAAUGGGCAAAUCUGUAUGGACUCGUCAUGAGACUUACAAGUCAUUUUCAGGUCUGUAGUUUGUAUUCAGAGUUCUGCUUCCCUGACACCAGAGAGCAGUGCAUGAUGGGAAAACUGUAAGCGCUGUUAGGUUACUUGACUAGCGCUGUGUUGCUGUCUGUUUCUAAGGGCAGUUGGCAGAAUUGCUGGAUGGAACUUGAGGAGAAAACUCAUUGAAAAAUUAAAAUAAAUACUAAAGCAUUAAAGGGGUACUCCACUACCCAGCAUUUGGAACAUAAAUAUAUCCUGAUCCUAUAGAUAUCAGCAGUAUACAGAAAGGGGAGAGGAGGUGUAUAACUACUUUAUAUCCAGAUCCCAUAGAGAUAACAGCAGUAUACAGAUAGAGCUGGAGGGGAGGUGUUUAACUAUAUAAUGAUGCCUUAGAGAUAACACCAGCAGUAUACAGAAAGGGGAGGUGUAUAACUACUUUAUAUCCAGAUCCCAUAGAGCAGCAGUAUACAGAUACAGCUGGAGCAGAGGUGUAUAACUACUUUAUAUAAUGAUCUCAGAGAUAGCAGCAGUAUACAGAAAGAGCUAUAGAGGAGUGGUCUGGUAGCUGCUGGAAGGGAUCUAGUAGGUGAUGAUGUCCUGUAGUUAAUAGGAAGUCAGCCGAUCCACUGUUGACCAUUUCCUCUGAUACAUAAAAUUCUGUGAUUUUCUUUGGGUCAGGAAGAUGAUAACAUGACCCAGUUAUAGUUAAAAACAGAUGGUGCUUUGAAAAACAAACAAACCUGGAGUGCCACUUUAACACACAUCUGUAGGCACUACAUGCCUUACUGUAUGGGGCCCUUAGACUGUCACCAUAUAAUGGAGAUAUUAUCCCUUCGAAGAGAUGCAUCCUUAAGUCUCGAAAAUCUUGUAUGAUAGACAACCAGGGCCCUAUGAACUUUUAUAGAUGUCAUAUUCCAGCUCUGUACAGUCCCCCGAAGAUUUCACCUGCUGACAUGGUAGAUGAUUGUAAAUGAUGGACUUCCCCUUUAAGCAGCUUUUGACUUGAGGUCGGCAACAAAAGGAUUCUACAGAUGAUGAGAAAAUCUUGAUUUUUUUUUUCAAAAAUUCACCUUUUUUUCUUUUUCUUAUUUUUUUUGUGCACAGCCCUGAGCAAAAUCUUGAAAAAAAUUAAAAAACGAAAAAAUAAAAAUCUUUAAAAAAAUAAAUCAAAUGCCUGGAUUCCUUAAGUGAGCAGAAGGUGGACGGUGAUUUAAAAAGGUGCUAAACAUUUUAUGAGAAAUAUAUAUUGUUAAAUUAAAUCUAUCAGUCGAUGACAGUUUUUUUGUUUUCCUUUAUAACUUUCUUUUUUUUGUUUGUUUUUUGUUGUUUUGUUUUUAUUAUUGGGGGUGGGUGGGGGCAGUUCUUGUAGUGCUAUAGGACAGCACGGUUAUUUUACUCUUCUAUAUUAUUAUUAUUACAGAAACAAAAAGAAAACCUAAAAAAGGCAUUUUAACUUUGUACUUGAAAUAAAUACAGAAAAAAAAAACACAAGCGACAGAUUUUUCCGUGUUUUAGCCUAGACAUUGAACUAGUUGGUGCUUUAACUCUUUGUGACAAUGAUGUAUUCUAAAGAUGAAACUAUAUAAAGGAUUUGAUAACUUUUACUGUUACAUAACCACCGCUGUUCCAUCGUCCAUCUUAGAAGCCGCCUUUUUUGUUUUUCUUCGAUACUCCCCGCAUUCCUUGCCCUCCCAGAAGCGGCGGAGUCACGUCUUCAUAUCCCUUCCCCUGUGAGACAUAAUUUCAUCAUGACCGUGAGUUCCACGUCUUCAUGGCUUACUCCGCCAUCUGCUUGGCAAACUGUGUCACCAAAAAAUUUUGACAAAAACUUUAGAUAGAGCCGAGCUGCCCAUAGUGAGGCCGGAGAUAUCUCUUGUGUCUUCUUGUGCGUGUUACUGAGCUGGUUGUAAACCAUCCUUCGUGAAGUUAGAAUGUUGACGUCCGUUUCUAUGUACUGACGGUCAGAGUCCAUAUAUCUCUGGUCUACUAUUGAUUUAAGCAAUAGGGCCAUUUGCCUAAGAAUUCGGCAGGGAAGCCGGGGUGUGGCACAGGUCCACUUUCUCUGGUCUGGACUUGAUUUCUAUGGGUCUCCAACUUCUAGAUAUUCAACAAAUAGUAGCGUUAAAUUCCUCUCUACCAGCUACGACAUUGGUGGUGGACUAGUCAGUGGUCUUCCGCAGGCAUCCUGAUCUUAUUUAAAGGGGUACUCCAAUGGCCAGUGUUCAGAAUUAAAUGCUCUGAUUGCUGUUUUUGCUCUGCGGGGGUCGGCCACACCCCUCGUGAUGUUAUGACCACUCCCUCUCCAGCCAAGUCUAUUAGAGGGGUCUUGACUGCUGUCACGCCCCCUACCAUUGAUUUGCAUGGAGGGGUGUGGUCAUGACAUCACAAGGGGCGUGGUCGACCCCCCGCAGCACAAAAAAAAUGUUGGCCAGUGGAGUACCCCUUUAAGGCCAUGGUGGUAUUCCAUAAAUAUAAGAUUCUACCUGGGGUCUUGGCUGGGCCUUUUCUUUUGUGUAGAUCUUAUUUGGUGGAGUUGAGAGUCUCCCGAGUUCUGUGUAAGCACGUCAUAUACUUAUAGACUGGCCUAUAGAUAUUGCCAAUUGUCCCAUGUUUUGGUUUUAUGCCAUGGUGGCACUUUUGGGUAAUCUGCCAUCGAUUUGAGGUCGUACUAGAGAUAUUGUUUUCCUGUAGAUCAUAGAUGAUGGAAUAGAAGGUCUAUGUUAACGCCUCCUUUUUGUUGGUCCGCUUGCCAGUAGAGAUAGCAAAGAGCCUAUAACUUGACUUUAUGCCAUGUUGGCACUUUUGAGUCGUCUGCCAUAGAUUUAGGGUCCUACUGGAUAUGUUGUUUUUCUUAAAUGAUAAAGUAGAAGAUCUAUGUUAACUUCUUCUUUGUUGGUAGACUUGUCAAUCGAGAUUGCAAAAGCCUGUAUCUUGGUUUUUGGCACGUUUGGGUCUUCUGCCGUAGAUUUCGCGUCCUAGGGAUGUUUCUGAUCUGAUGGUCUCCCUAAAUCAAUGUUAGCGUCUCUUUUACCGGUAGACUUACCAGUGGACAUUGCAAAAUCUGUAACUUUGUUCUUCUCCAUGUUGUUACUCUUGGUCACAUGCCGUAGAUUUACGGUUCUACCAUAGAUAUUAUUUGCCAUUUUACUGAUUUCCAUCGCCUUUGUUGGUAGGCUUGCCAGUAGAGCCUAUAUCUUGGUUUUAUGUCAUGCUGGCAUUUUAGGGUCAUCUGCCAUAGAGGUCACGUUCCAAGGGAUAUUGGUUGAUAGCUUUUUUUAGAUCUUAGAUAGUGAAGUAAAAUGUCUCCCUAGAUCUAGGUUAGCAACAUCUGUUUUACCGGUAGACUUGCCAGUGGACAUAGCAAAAUCUGUUACUUUGUUCUUCUCCAUGUUGUUACUCUUGGUCACAUGCCAUAGAUUUAGGGUUCUAGAGAUAUUGGGCCUCAUUUACUAACAUUUUCCCGACAUGUUUUGGUAGUUUUUUGCGACCAAAUUGUGUCGUAACAUGUCUGCGCCAUGCGACAGAUUGCACCAGUGUGCACCACACUUUGCCGACUAGACCGACUAAAGCCCCUAAAAACCUGAAAAAGGUGCGUGGCUGUAUUAUUUUUACACAUCCCAAUGCAUUAACUAAACUAAUCAACAAAUAGUAGUAAAAAAAUUCACCAGGUAAAAGCUGGUGAGAAAAUCAAUUUCCGAGUUGAAAAAAUGUCCAAAAUGGUUGGGAUUAUCUGUGUUGCCCUCAUGCCAGGUGGAAUAAUGCUAAUUUAACAAUAUUAAUAUAAAUAAAUACAAUGAGAACUGGCAGAUGAGCGUCUCAACUAAGUUUUCCGCCGUAGGCUUUAGUGAUGACAUCAUGUGCCAGAAAAACGCGCACCAAAAUCUGCGUCAAAUUAGUAAAUAACUACGGAUAACUAGGAGGGAAAAAAAACAUAAUACACACCGACAACAUUAGUAAAUGAGGCCCAAUGUUUCGCCUUUUUCUGUAGAUCAUAGAUGAUGAAGUUGAAGAUCUAUGGUAACGUCGCCUUUGUUGGUAGACUUGUCGAUAGACAUCUCAAAGAGCCUGUAUCUUGGUUCUAUGCCAUGUUGGCAUUCGGCUUUCUUGGAUCACCUGCCAUAGAUUUAAGGUCCUACCCAGGAUAUUAUUUGGGGCUUUUUCCCAAGUGGAUGGUAGAGGAGGAACUUCAUCAUAUCCCUCAUGUCAUCAUAGGAAUGGUGUUAGCUACUGUUUUUGUUUCGAGGUUUGCUAUUUAUUGACAGUAAUAAUGAACGUUACUCCAAAUAAUUGGUGGAAGGGGACGUGCAGGUGGAGAGAGAAGCCGAAGAAAGUCAGAGGGGAUGUUUUUUUUUUUGUUUUUUUUCUCAUUGUUGUUUUUUAAUUUACUUAGGGGUAUGUUUUAGAGAAACAAGCCCUCUUCUAUUGACAUUUUGUUGUAUCUCUAUGUAAUUGACGCUUGUGUCAUAGCUGUAUAUGAACUAUGAGGGCUCUCUGCCUGCUGCAGAUGGUCCAUUCUGUAUCCUCACCUCAUUAUUAUUUUUUUGUGCCCAGAAAAAUAAAAAGUAAUAAAACAUUUGAAAACAUC